CCCCGCCGCCUCAGGUGGGGCGGCCCGGCCCGGCCCGCUCGUCCAGCUGGCGUCAGGCCGCGUCUCCCCUGCUCCUCGCCGUCUUCCGCGGCGGAGGCGGCGGCGCUGCAAGUUUUGACGUCUCGGCGGCGGAGACGUGCGCCGGCACUCGGGGCCCACGGGCUGCGGCGGCGGCUGACCCUCGAGGGUCCCUCGGUCGCGCCCCUGCAAUCCCGCCGCCCGGGGUCGGGCGGCCACGAGGCCCGGCCGCGUCCUCCCGCGCUCGCCCGUCCGGCGGCUGCAGCCAUGUCGAAGGGGCCGGAGGAGGUGAACCGGCUCACCGAGAGCACCUACCGGAAUGUUAUGGAGCAGUUCAACCCACGGCUGCGAAAUUUAAUAAACCUAGGAAAAAAUUAUGAAAAAGCUGUUAAUGCUAUGGUGCUGGCGGGCAAAGCCUACUACGAUGGAGUGGCCAAAAUCGGCGAGAUCGCCACCGGGUCCCCCGUGUCGACAGAGCUGGGCCGCGUGCUCAUGGAGAUCUCGAGCACCCACCAGAAGCUUGACGAGAGCUUGAAAGAAAAUUUCAGAACGUUCCACAAAGAGAUCAUACAGGAGCUGGAGAAGAAGACAGAACUGGAUGUGAAAUACAUGAACGCUACUCUCAAAAGAUACCAAACAGAACACAGGAAUAAACUAGAUUCUUUGGAGAAAUCUCAAGCCGAACUGAAGAAGAUCAGAAGGAAAAGUCAAGGAGGACGAAAUGCACUCAAAUAUGAACACAAAGAAAUUGAGUAUAUAGAAACCAUCACUUCUCGCCAGAACGAAAUCCAGAAAUUCAUUGCCGACGGUUGCAGAGAAGCUCUGCUUGAGGAGAAGAGGCGCUUCUGCUUCCUGGUGGACAAGCACUGCAGCUUCUCCCACCACCUGCACCACUACCACUUACAGUCUGCAGAGCUGCUCAAUGCCAAACUGCCCCGGUGGCAGACCACCUGCUGCGACGCCACCCGAGUGCCCGAGGAGGUCGUCCACAUGAUAGAGGAGAUCAAGGCCCCGCUCUCCACCCCGGCGUCCUGGACGCCCCAGCCUUCGCCCACGGCCGAGAGAAGCAGCGUGGUUGGGAAGGACUACGACACCCUUUCUAAACACUCGCCGAAGGUGCCCCCCGCUCCCUCGACCAGAGCGAACACCAGCCCUUUGAUCGAUAUGUUUAAUAACCCGGCGACGGCCGCACAGAAUUCAGCAGCUUCCACAGACGACCCCAGUUUGCAGCGGUCGGUCUCGGUUGCCACGGGACUGAACAUGAUGAAAAGGCAGAAGGUGAAAACCAUCUUCCCACACACCGCGGGCAGCAACCAGACCCUGCUCAGCUUCGCGCAGGGCGACGUCAUCACGCUGCUCAUCUCCGAGGAGAGGGACGGCUGGCUCUACGGCGAGCACGACGCCUCCAAAGCGAGGGGCUGGUUCCCGUCGUCGUACACCAAGCUGCUGGAGGAAAAUGCCAAGGAGGCCGUGAGCAUGCCCUCGCCAAGCCCCACCCCAGUGAGAAGCGUGAGCUCCGUGGACUUGUCCGAGAAGGGCAGCGCCACCGUCCCCAUCCCCCCGCCGGACUACCUGGACUGCCUGUCCACGCGGGCGGCUGCAGAGAAGAGAGCGGGCGGCUCCAGACCCGCUCCUGCCUGCAAAGCCCCGGAGGCCAGACCGGAGGCCCCCUCGUCGAGUAACACAAAUGGGACUGCAAAGCCUCUUUUUCUCAGCGGAGAAAACCCCUUUGCUACUGUGAAGCUCCGCCCGACAGUGACAAAUGACCGGUCGGCGCCCGUCAUUCGGUGAGGAGGUGGCCGGGGGGCUCUCUCUCCCGGAUCCUCUCGGACGUUGGGGUCUCACUUGCAGGAGGAUGGUCCGGCGCGGGCUGCAGCGCCCUGGCGGCUCACCAGGGGGCGCCGGCCCCGAGCGUCCCCAGCUGAGCGAUCAGUGCCUUUCUCCGCUCCCGGCCGGUCUGCACGUUUCUCUUUACCCACAUCAGUCAGCCGAGCGCCCAGCUCAGUCACUUGAAGUGCUCUCUUCCUGUUCUGUCCCAAACCCAGGAAAUCUGGCUCCAACCCUUACUGGAUUAUUCUUUAAAUACUCUGAUUACUGUGUAAAUAGCCAGAAUAAGGGCCGGUCUGUGCUUCCCUGGCUGGUUUACUCUAUACCCGAGUUCAAAUGAGAUCAUGGCUUAACUUGAUAAAGCUUCUGCUCUUAAGUAGCACUAUGAUGUUUAUCUAAAGAAUCGUAAGCGAUAUAAAUUAUGAGAGUAUUAUAUAAAUUUAACUUAAAAAUUGUUCA